AUGAUAGCACUUGCCACAGCAACAUAUGGGGUAGCAACGUCCAUUAUGCCUAGAGGAAGAACUGCACACUCACAAUUUAAUAUACCAUUAAGCCCAACAAAGUCGAGCAUGUGUGGUAUAUCCAAGCAAAGUGGACAAGCAAAAUUAUUACGCACUGAAAAAUUGAUUACAUGGGUUGAAGCACCGAUGGCAAAAAGACUAACAAUAGAAAUAGUUGAUAGAUGCUUGAGAGAUAUAAUGGAUACUUCUCAACCAUUUGAAGGGAAGGUAAUGGUGUUUGGUGGAGAUUUUAUACAGGUAUUACCGGUGGUACCUAAAGUUUUGAGACAAGAAAAUGUUAGUGCAAGUCUCGUGAAAUCUUAUUUAUGGAGCAAAAUGAAAGUGCUAAAAUUAACAACCAAUAUCAGGACUAGAACAGAUCCAUAUUUUGGAGAAUUCAUACUCAAAGUUGGUAAUGGAGAAGAGUUAGAAAUAAAAACAAGCAAUAUAAGAAUACCUAAAGAGAUGAUAAUGAAGUAUGAAAAUGAAAAUAACUGUGAAGAAGUAUUAAUUGAUGCAAUAUAUCUAUCAUUGGAGGAAAAAUACUAA